CUUCGCCCCAGCGUGACGAGGGAGGUGGUGGGGGAGGUAGGCGAACUCUGGGAGUAGAAACCAGCUGAAGCACGUCACCUCCUCCUCCUCCUCCCGCUGCAGUGGUCGCUGGUGUCCCGCCGGCCGUGUGUCACCUUGCACUGCUUGCAGCGGCUGGAUCACAAUGAUGGCUGUGCUCCUCGUGCUCCUGUCCCUGUUGGUGGCAGGUGUUUUGGGGAACGAGUUUAGUAUAUUGCGAUCUCCAGGAUCUGUUGUUUUCCGAAAUGGAAAUUGGCCUAUACCAGGAGAUCGAAUCCCAGAUGUUGCUGCAUUAUCCAUGGGCUUCUCUGUCAAAGAGGACCUUUCCUGGCCUGGCCUAGCAGUGGGUAACCUAUUCCACAGGCCCCGGGCUACCAUUAUGGUAAUGGUGAAAGGAAUAGACAAACUGGCCCUUCCCACAGCAAAUGUCAUCUCGUAUCCUUUGGAAAAUGCAGUUCCUUUUAGUCUUGACAGUGUUGCAAAUUCCAUUCAUUCUUUAUUCUCUGAAGAAACUCCUGUAGUCUUGCAGUUGGCUCCCAGUGAGGAAAGGGUGUAUAUGGUGGGGAAGGCUAACUCCGUUUUUGAAGAUCUUUCAGUCACUUUACGACAACUCCGGAAUCGCCUGUUUCAAGAAAACUCUAUUCUCAAUUCACUUCCUCUCAAUUCUCUGAGUAGGAACAAUGAAGUUGACCUGCUCUUUCUUUCUGAACUACAAGUGCUCCAUGAUAUCUCAAGUUUGUUAUCUCGCCACAAGCACUUAGCCAAGGAUCAUUCUCCUGAUUUGUAUUCACUGGAGCUAGCAGGUCUGGAUGAGAUUGGGAAACAUUAUGGAGAAGACUCAGAACAAUUCAGAGAAGCUUCCAGGAUCCUUGUUGAUGCUCUGCAAAAGUUUGCAGAUGACAUGUACAAUCUUUAUGGAGGGAAUGCAGUGGUAGAAUUAGUAACAAUCAAGUCAUUUGACACGUCCCUGGUAAGGAAGACCAGGACUAUCCUUGAGGCAAAAGCAGAGAAGGAAGUCGUCCCCUAUAACCUGGCAUACAAGUACAAUUUUGAGUAUUCGGUGAUUUUCAACCUGGUGCUUUGGUUGAUGAUUGUCUUGGCCCUGGCGGUCCUUAUAACCUCCUACAACAUUUGGAACAUGGACCCUGGGUAUGACAGCAUCAUUUAUCGGAUGACAAAUCAGAAAAUUCGAAUGGACUGAACUUUCCUUACAUCAUACAUACAUACACAAGGAGUUUGGAAAUGGGUCAUUUUCUUCUAAUACGUCUUGUAGUGUGGUCUAAAGUAUAGAUAAUGUAUCUUAAAUUUAUCAAAAUGAAAAACAACAGCGAAUUUUUGUUCUCUAUUUUUUGUGUGUCUGUUGGGGCUUUUUUUUAGACUGAAUUAUGGUAUUGCUGUGAGCUGAAUUCUGUGAUAUAGACUCUAUAUUAUGCUCAAAUUUUAUGAUAUAGCCAUAUAAUAAUGUAAUGACAUUCCGUUUAAUAAAUGUGGAGAAUGCACUGAAAGAAACAUAAA